AUGGCGAGUCUCAUUAUUGCAAUGCCUUUGCUCUUCCCACAGGCCAUUGCCGUGAGUAGUCAACGAUUGACCAACACUGCCUCAUGGAGGGCGUUGUUGCUUGCUUCUCGUACUUUGAUGGGAGGCUCGCUUGGGUUUGCCAGCAUGAACUUCCACUCGGUUCUGACAGAUCUAUUCGGAGCGUCGUUGAUGAGCAAGCAUCCUCAUCAGGAGGUGGUUGACCAGUUUGAUGCGAGGAGACAUGGAGGAGGCAUGGGUGUUUGGCUCGGUAUUUGGACAUGGUCUUGGAUUGGAUCUCUGGGGCUUGGUUUUCUCAUCGGGGCAGCCAUCAUCGACAGGCAUCCGCCGGCCUGGGGGUUCUAUGUCAGUAUCAUGUUCAUUGCAGUGGUACUCCUCCUCAACGUCGCAUGCCCCGAGGUUCGUCGAUCAGCUUACCGGCGGUCUAUUGCGGAGGUACGAACUGGAGAGGAUGUUUCACGUCGGCUAGCUCGAGGAGAGAUCAUGAUGCAUCGAGUCAAAACAGGCCCCAAGUGGUGGGGUGAAGAGGUGUACCAUGGGAUUCGGCUAUCCAUCGAGAUGCUUCGGCAGCCGGGUUUUGCGGUGAUGGCGAUCUACGUCGCGUGGAUCUACGCCCAGGUGGUGCUCGUUAUCAUCCUUCUGGGUUCACUUGUCUCGCGAUUUUAUCGCCUGAGAUCACCUUAUGUUGGCCUUCAUGUCGCUUCGAUCACACUUGGAGCCCUUCUUGCUAUCCCUUUUCAGAAGGCCAGUAUCUUCUCCAGGUCUCGAAACCGACGAGUCAACUCCAGCCGCGAAACUCUAGACAAGAAGGUUGCCUGGUCAUCUCAUCUCAUCCGCCGGGCCCUCUUUACAGUCUCUCUGCCCAUAGGCGGCGCCUGCUACGCUGCUGUUUCAUCUGGGCCGCCGAUCAAUGCUGGUGCACCUACAUUCUUUGCCCUGUGCAUCGGGUUCCUGUCUUGCCUCGCGGUCUCCGAGUGCAACGGCUUAAUCAUGGAGACUUUUGACACUUCAGACUUGUCUCCAGGGAUGGUUGGCCGACACCGUGAUCCCACUAACCAAGACCAGAGAAGAACCAACUACUCGUCUUUUCCAAGAGUCACAUCAGGGUUUGCGAUCAUCCAUUCACUGGCCUUCGUUCUUGCGGCGGGUUCAACUGCCCUGGGUGGUCAUAUCCAGCGAAAGCUUGGUCAACAAGUUGCCACUGGCAUUGUGGCAGGCAUACUCUUCCUGUUGACAGCUCUACUAUUGCUUGUUCUCAUCCGCUUCAAGAACGUACUAAUCAUACCUCGAUCCAAAUCGGAGGAAAUGGACAGGUUGACCCAAGCUCGGCGACGGUCCACAAAGCGCCGUGCCUCCAUGCCCAACGACCUACGAGCCAUGAUGGAGGAGGAUUUCGCCUGGCGGCCUGUCAUGAUGGGCAAUCCCAUGGGGAAGAAUCGUCGAAUGAAUGUGUUGGAGAUGGGCAACAUGACGCGGUGGCAGGACAUCCGGCGGAGGAACAAGCUUAUCGAUGCAGGUGUGCAUCUUAACCGUGACACAUUGGAUCAAGGACUAGAUGCUGUGGAUGCAGCACUCGAAAAUCAUAUCGAUGACAUGCGUCGAAACGAUCAUGGGCUCUUCAAGCGAGGAAGCUUGAGAAGGCACGGAAGUCGUCUCCGUCGCAGCAAUCAGAGUAGCGACCAGACAUUCCAUGAUAUGGAACUAGACAUGCUCGAUCCCGUGGCGACGCCGAGUGAGCCAGCCCAGCCACGGCAGUUUGUUGAGAGAGAAUGUGUCAUGGGACAGACAGUCAAGGAGGAGAAUGAAGACGAGGCACAAGCGGGACCAAGCAGUAGCAGAAAGGAUUGA